ACGUGCUCGGCCUUUACUUGUUGGCGCUUGCAGGAUUGGACAGACAACUGCAUGCAGCCCUCAGCAAGCACGUCUGCUAACUGUUUCAAACAAAAACGGUUUUAUGUGUGAAGAUAGAAAGUGAAAAUGUCCGGGAAAUUUAAGCGUUCGCAGAGGCAUCAGCGAUGGAAUGAGGCAGGCACUUGCUGGAGCGACAAAUACUUGGCGGAAGUCUCUGCCGUGGAGCUCUCCCCCGACUCUCCGCCCCCUCUGCGCCUGCUGGCUUCGGAGCUGCUCGCGCUCUCCCGCCUGCAGCGCACCUUUGGCGAGGUAGAGGACCUGCGCCGCGUGCUAGCCGCCUUCCAGAAGCUGACAUCAGCAGCUCCAGCAGCUCCAGCAACCGCAACGGCUGCUGCUGCCACAGCACCCGCGGAAGCAGCCCCAGCAGCCCCAGCAGCUGAUGUCCUGGAUGCCCCCGCUGAUAGUAAUGGCAGCAGCGGUAGUGGCACCGAGGGCAGCAGCGGCAGCAGCGGUAGCCUUCCUGACCCGCUGUACACUGGCAGCUGGCUGCUGGCCGGUCUGCUGCUGCAGGAGGGCAGCCGGCCGCUGCACCGGGCGCUGCUGGGGGCGGUGCAGCGCCUGCAGCCGGAGCAGCUGGCCGUCUUCGGAGCUGCCGUCACGGAGCGGCUGCGGGCCGCGCUGGCCGCACUGGACGCCUCCUCUCCCCUGCCAGAACUGGGGACCUCAUCAUCAUCAUCCUCAUCAUCACCCACCGCGCCCACGCAGCCAACCCAGCAGCCCCCACCUCCCCCCCCGCU